AAAAAGGAUGAAAACGUCCACUCCUGACUCCUCAAACCCCCCAAGCACCAAACAUCCAGUAGCCGCCGUAGCUGCAGUUGCCAACCCGGCGUAAAUGCAUGCAGCGCCCGGGCAGGACCGGACAGAAUCGCCCGCGGAUUAUUCCCGUCGCUCCACGGGAGGGAUUUAUGGUGGUGUCGCGCUGCAAACCGGUGGGAAAUCGCGCUCAUUCCGCACCACGGUUUAUCCGAUGCAUGAGACGACGGCUCGCGCUCUCGGGCACGCAGAUUAACGGAUCAGGAUUUUGACUGCCGGGACAAAUGAAUACAAAUGAAUUUAGCGACCCGAAGGAGAGUCCGCAGAACCUCUCGUCUGGUGGCAAAGAGAGCUCUUCUUCUGUGUAUUCUACUUUAUUGUACUUCUUUUGGAUUCACCCAAGUGCUCUUUGAAGAUGUGGACGUGUUGCAGCGGUUGGCUCUGCGUGCUGAGCUCGGGUCCCGUGCCGUUCCCGCUGGCGUCAUCUCCCUCCGCUCAGGAGUCAUCCUCACCACACGGGCACGGGUCACCACACCCACACGCUCUCUGUUCCCACCAGAACUCUUUUGGAACUGCACUAUCGUCCUGAGCGUCCGAUCCCACCGCUUAAACUCAGCUUUUCUCUUCUCUGUCCUAUCUGGGAGUCGGAUUCAGCUCGGGCUGGAAAUUUCGCCUGGCAAGCUAACACUUCAUGCAGGCCCCGGGAAUGCUGCAACGUUCCCAUAUAACCUCCAUGAUGGACGCUGGCACCAUCUAGCCUUUGUUAUAAAUGGGCGAUCAGUGACCCUACACUCUCCCUGCUCGGAGAGCAACAGAGGAGUUACUCAGGAGCUCCCUGUACUCCCUGAACGCCUGAACCCUAGAGGAACCUUCCGCCUAGGGGGCAGCAGUGCUCUGCUUCCGGGUGUGGUGCCCUUUGAGGGGGCGGUUUGCCAGUUUGAUGUGGUGCCCUCAGCUCAAGCACAGCAAAAUAUCUGCAGCGCCAUCCGCAGGCAGUGCAGAGAAAAUGACACCUACAGGCCGGCACCUCCUGCCCUGCUUCCCCUCCCAUCCCGACACUCCCCACCACUAUUGGCCCACACCUUACCACCUAAUCGCACUUUCACUUUCACUCCCACUAAUUUCCUUUUGGCACCCGUAAAUGGCGCAGGAGGGUCUUCUUCUGUGAGAAUGAGUGAUGGUGUGCGACCCAAGCCUUCCUCCACCACACCUCCACCCCUUGCCUUGAUGCAAACAGGAAUUGAUGCUCCUUUAUCUUUAAAUUUGGUCACCCCCAAGCCUAGUCUCAGGACACCCAAGCCCACAGCCUCAAAACCUGGGGUCUGGCUUACCCCCACAAAUCCAUCCGGACCAAAACCCACUCCAGGGAAAGCAUCUCCAAAACUUAACGUAACUAAAUCUUUUGGACCAAGGCCUACAGCUGCUCGACCGGCUUCUUCGAAACUUGGUUCAAAAGCAAUUGGUCCCAAGCCUACAUCAUCGAAACCCUCCAAACCAGUAAAGAAGCCGACAUCUGCACCAAAACCCAACCCAACGAAGAAUGCGUCUACUGGUCCCAGACCUACCAAUUCAAACAAGAAACAAAACGCCAUUCUGAAACCAUUGCCUACUCCGAAACCGACUGUCCCCAAAAGACCCUCGCCAACCAACAAAAAGCCACUCAAGCCCAAAACCAAACCCCACACCACCUCGUUAACCCCAAAAUCCACCCUGGCUCCAAACUCUAGUCCUAAAAAGCCCCUGCCGACCCUAAAAUCCCCGUCGUUCACCACUGCUGCACCAAGUAAACCCCCCAAAACUCUGGAAACCCCAAAAGUCAAUCCUGACAAGCCUAAAAGGCCUGUGCCUUAUUCCACACCACGCACUCCAAGGUUCGCCAUCCAAUCUGUGACUCUUCCGGCAUUUGACGAUUUCCAGAGCUUCGAGGUAGAGCCCACACGCUUUUCACUUCUGGUUGGAGCACCAGGACUAAAAGGAGAUCAAGGGGAAUCGGGAUUACCGGGACCUCCAGGUAAACCAGGGCAGCCCGGGACGCGAGGACCUCGGGGACCUCCUGGACCACAUGGCAAGCCAGGUCGAACCGGUCCUACAGGACUGAAGGGGAAGAAGGGAGACCCCGGACUCUCUCCUGGAAAAGCACCAAAAGGAGAUAAAGGAGAUGUUGGUCUGUCCGGUCCUCUUGGUUUAGUCGGGGUGGAAGGCCGUAAGGGACAAAAAGGCCACCCAGGACCACCAGGCCUUCCCGGGGAACCAGGAGAACAGGGUCCUGUUGGAGAAGCGGGAGCCAAAGGCUAUCCUGGCAGGCAGGGUUUACCUGGUCCAAUAGGGCCUGUUGGGCCGAAAGGUGCUCGGGGUUUCAUAGGAAUCCCAGGACUUUUCGGUUUACCUGGAGCUGAUGGUGAAAGAGGCAGUCCUGGUCCACCAGGGAAGAGGGGCAAGAUGGGUAGGCCGGGUUUUCCUGGUGAUUUCGGGGAGCGAGGGCCGCCAGGACUGGAUGGGGAACCAGGUGUUAUUGGAGCUCCUGGUCCUCCUGGUGUCCUUGGCUUGAUUGGUGAUAUGGGCCCUGCUGGGACAGUCGGUGUACCAGGACUAAAUGGGCUGAAAGGCGUCCCGGGGAACAUGGGCGAGUCCGGACUGAAAGGUGAUAAGGGAGACGUUGGGAUUCCUGGAGAACAGGGAGAGAUUGGCUUCCAAGGAGAUAAGGGUGUGCAGGGUUUACCGGGAUUACCAGGACCUCGUGGAAAACCAGGACCACAGGGCAAGACAGGAGAAAUAGGGCCCAGUGGAUUAUCAGGCCCACCAGGACCUGAGGGUUUUCCUGGUGAUAUCGGUAAACCAGGCCACAAUGGACCUGAGGGGCCAAAGGGUAAACCUGGAGCCAGAGGUUUACCGGGACCUCGUGGAGCCGCUGGACGAGAGGGUGACGAGGGUCCUCUAGGACCACCGGGACCAUUAGGACUCGAGGGUCAGAUGGGCAGUAAGGGUUUCCCUGGGGCUCUUGGACUUGAAGGGGUCAAAGGUGAGCAGGGAGUCACAGGGAAAGCUGGACCCAUGGGUGAGAGGGGUCUCGUUGGCUUCAUCGGUCCUGGAGGAGAGGCUGGACUUGCUGGAGAGAAGGGUGAUCGCGGAGAGAUGGGUUUGCCGGGACCUCCAGGAGAGAAAGGAUCUACGGGUCACCCAGGAACCCCAGGAGAAGGCGGCCCACCAGGACCACCAGGCAGUCCAGGCUCACCGGGAUCACGUGGACCCAUCGGCAUGAGAGGACCUAAAGGAAGACGGGGUCCUAGAGGUCCAGAUGGGGUGCCUGGUGAGAUCGGCACUGAAGGCAAAAAGGGUCCUGAUGGUCCUCCUGGAAAAAUUGGUUUCCCAGGACACGCGGGGAAGAUCGGCGAGUCUGGGGAGGUGGGGCCAAAGGGAUUUCUGGGGAUUCAAGGACCGUCCGGGGCUACAGGAGACAAAGGAAUCGCAGGGGAGCCAGGACCUUCAGGACCUCCAGGAACACUCGGGCCUCAAGGAAAUCCUGGACCAAAGGGCCCUGCAGGAAAAGUUGGUGAUUCUGGACUUCCAGGAGAACCUGGAGAAAAGGGGUCAAUCGGGCUUGCGGGGAAUUCUGGGGCUGCAGGACUUAUCGGAGCAAGGGGAGAACCAGGUUUAGAAGGAGAGGCUGGUCCCGCUGGUCCUGAUGGCACAAAGGGUGAAAAGGGUGACAUGGGCACAGAGGGUGAGCAGGGGAUCAGAGGUGACCCUGGAAUUAAGGGGAAAGACGGGCCACCGGGCGACCCUGGACUUACUGGAGUCAGAGGUCCUGAAGGAAAAUCUGGUAAAAGUGGUGAGAGAGGGAAACCAGGGCUUAAGGGUGCUAAAGGUAACAUCGGUCAUCUGGGCGAGACGGGAAGUGUGGGAAAGAUUGGGCCAAUCGGAACCACUGGACCAAAGGGCUCUCGGGGAACUAUCGGACAUGUGGGUGCUCCUGGGCGUAUGGGGUUGCAGGGUGAUCCGGGUAUAUCAGGAUAUGAGGGUCACAAAGGACCUCAAGGUCCAAUAGGACCCCCGGGACCAAAGGGUGCAAAGGGUGAACAGGGGGAUGAUGGGAAGGUUGAGGGUCCGACUGGUGCACCGGGUCUCAGAGGUCCUAUUGGAAAGCGAGGAGACAGGGGUGAACCAGGAGAUCCAGGAUACGUGGGUCAGCAAGGUGUUGAUGGUUUACGAGGAAAACCUGGAGCUCCUGGACUGCCUGGUGAUCCUGGUCCACGUGGAACACAAGGCCCCAAGGGAUCCAAAGGAGAACAGGGUCAGAAGGGUAAACAGGGUCAGCAGGGAGAGCGCGGCAGCAGAGGAUCUCCGGGCGUUGUUGGGUUGCCAGGUCCUCGAGGUACUGUGGGGCGAGAAGGACGAGAGGGUUUUCCUGGCACAGAUGGACUCGCUGGGAAGGAUGGAAGCAGAGGAAUACCUGGUGAUCAAGGAGAUGAUGGAGAGUUCGGUUUGCCUGGUAAACCUGGUGCACCUGGAAAAGUUGGCGUCAUCGGUUUACCAGGGCCACAGGGAUCAUUCGGUCCAAAGGGUGAGCGAGGUCUCCCUGGUCACCCCGGCCCUUCAGGAAAGAGAGGUUUUAAGGGAGGAAUGGGUCUUCCUGGACCUCAGGGAGACCGGGGAUCUAAAGGCCAACCUGGUGACAUCGGGGAACCCGGCUUUCCAGGAAUGCUGGGAAUGUUUGGACCAAAGGGGCCUCCAGGAGACUUUGGACCAAAGGGGAUUCAGGGACCCAAAGGACCCCAAGGCAACAUGGGCAGAGGUGGUUUAGCUGGACCUGUGGGUGUGAUCGGCCCUAUUGGUAAUCCAGGCUCAAGAGGAGAUACAGGCAGCAAAGGAGAGCUGGGUGUUCAGGGUCCUCGAGGUGCUCCUGGACCACGUGGACCUCCUGGACCUCCGGGCCCUCCAGGAAUCCCGCUGGCUAUGAUUCAGGAUUUUGGUCUCGGUGUCGUUCAGCCAGUUUUCCGAGAGACUCACACACAGAAAAUGGAGGGUCGGGGUCUGCUGGACAUGCCCAUGUUGGAUCAGGCUCCAGAGAUCCUGCGAACGCUUGAUUAUCUGAGCUCUCUAGUCCACAGCCUGAAGAACCCGUUGGGCACACGAGACCAUCCCGCUCGACUCUGCAGAGACCUGCACGACUGCCGGGACACGCUUCAUGAUGGCACUUACUGGAUCGACCCAAACCUGGGCUGCUCCUCAGACUCUAUAGAAGUGAUGUGUAAUUUCAGCGGUGGCGGACGCACGUGUCUCAGACCCAUCACCACAGCCAAGCUGGAGUUCAGUGUUGGACGCGUUCAGAUGAACUUCCUGCAUCUGCUGAGCGCCGGAGCGGAGCAACGAAUCACUAUCCACUGCUUGAACGUGACUAUCUGGAGCCACGCCCCCAACCAGCCUCCUUCCCAAAAUGCAGUUCAGUUCCACGCAUGGACCGGAGAGAUGCUGGAGCCGGAUGUGUUGGAGGACACCUGCUGGCAAUUGAACGGGCGCUGGCAGCAUGCUGACUUCCUGUUCCGGGUGUCGGACCCUGCCUUACUCCCUGUCGUACGCAUUAGCAAGCUCCCAAAGGUGAUACCCUCAUCACGCUUUCAUCUUGAAGUCGGACCUGUGUGCUUCCUGUAGUGUGUGUGUGUGUGUGCGUGCGAGAGAUUGAGAGUGACCCACCCAUGCCCCGCCCCCUUCAGUAUUCAGCCAACGAUUGGACUGCAGCAACAGAAAGAGGUAAUGUGGGCGGGGCUUUUGGGGGGGAUGUAGCACUAGAGACUCCUACAGUCUGAAGGAAAUCCCGCCCCUAGCAGUCAUGGAUGUCCAAUCAGAUCCCUGUAGAAAUCAAGCCAAUCAUCUCGCAGGGACGAAGACUCAGGACAUCCAGGCUGGAGAAACUGACAAUUCUCUCCGUCUUUCUUCCUUCUGUCUCCUUUCUUUUAGCUUCACUCUCUCUCUCUCUCUCUCUCUCUCUCUCUCAGAUUAUUAAUAGUAAUAAGUUAUUAUGAUAUUUUAUAAUAAGAAUCAACAGUUUAUUGAAGAGAUGAAUACAAUCAUUGGGAGGUAUUAUAUGUACAUAUACACUUAUUGUUUAUCUGAUAUUAUUAUUUUAUACGGUCAUUUUGUCACAUGUAAAGAAAAAGAAAUGCUAAAGUGCAAUAGAAAAACACCGAAAAAAGAAGUGAUUAUUGGUUUUAUAAAUAUAUAUAAAGUGUGUGUCUCAUUAAGGAAGGUUUUUCAGGGGUGUUGUCAUCCAGACAUAUCAUUUUAACACUCCAUCAGACAGGGAAGUGUGACUGUGCGUGCGUGUGUGUGUGUGUGUGUUUUGUGACUGUGAAUGUGUGUGUGUUUAUGUGACGGAUCAGUAAACAAGUCUAGUAAACCUACAGACACAGCUCAUCAGCCUGAGGUGCACCUGUCACUUUAAGAGGGCGUGUCUCAAUCAGUGGGUGUGUCUUAUUCAAAUGAGGUUUAUAAAGGCGGAUCUCACAGGAAAAUGUGUUUAGGUCGUAUUUCACCCAAAAUGGGGAGGCAAAAUAUAAUGCAUUGUGACAUUUUAGCAUGGAAAAACUCAGAUAAAUUUAUUACAAUUCUGCAUGUUUAUGUCUUGCAGUUUUGACUUUUCUUUUGAUUUUAUAAAUCGCACAAUUAUUGAAAAUACAAAUGUUUUGCUAAAUUUUAUUAACGAAAAACUGCAAGUUAAAAAUUCUGAACUGAAAUUUGCAGAAAUAAUAAUUCUGAAAAUAAGCAGACAAUUCUGGUUCUUAUAUAAACUCCACAAUUGCAAGGGGAAUUCAUAAAAGGAGGAAUGAAUUCUAUUAAUUUUAGAUGUAAUUUUAAAAAUUGCAUGUUGCAAACUCAGAUUCACAUAAGAAAAAAGAGUUGAAAUUGCGAGAUAUGAACUCAAAUUAAUAUAACAUUACAAAUUAACUUAAAAUAAAAACUAGGGGGAAAAUAAAAUCAGAACUGUGAGGUAAAAAAAAAAAAUCGAAUAACUUUUACAUUUUUUUUUUAAUCCUGUGACAGAAACAGGCCUCCGGAUUUUUUUGUAUACGAUCAUCACUAGAAGUGAGAAAUCUCGAUUUGCUGUAACUGCAUUAUAAAAGUAUUGAGUAAAAAAUGUAGUUAAAUAUUGUCGUAAUGUAAAAAGUGGGACUAAAAUGAUUCGUUGCGAUGAUGCAAAAUAUUAAAAACUAAAAUGUAACUUUUAGUUUAGUCUUUUGUGAUUUGAACUUUUACAUGUUUUUUUAUUUACAAAUAACGCAGAUGAAUAUCAAAUACAGAGCAUUAAAAACAGAACAAUAUUAAAUAAAUAAAUGACAUCAUCUAAAUUGAUAUGCAUAGUAAAUCAUAAAUGUAAGUGAUGGUUAGUAAAUAUACUGCUUAUAGCAGUGGUGCCCAAAGUAGGGCCUGCGGGCCAAAGUUGGCCCAUGCUAACCUUUGGUUUGGCCUGCCAUCCCAUCUGAUAAGAGAGGGAGAAUGACGAGAUGGUUGGGACGAAUGCAGAGAUCGUCAUUUUGAAUUUAAUGUACCUUUUGUUUAUUUGGAGCUACAAAAAAAAAGCCAACUAAAAUUAAAUAUUCUAUUUAAAUGUUGUAAAUGAAUCAGACUUGUAAUGUAAAUACUGUCAACAGAUAGAGGAUAAUGCACAAGACAAAUCAAGCAAAGCAAAUCAAGGUAAAGGCAGGAGCAGCUUGACUAGUGUAUUCAGCAUUGAACUCCACUGUGUUAUAAAUAGGUUGUUUUGACUAUGAUAUGUUCAUUAUUAAACACUAAUUAUACUGCAUCGUUUAAUGUUUUAAAGAAACAUUUUCUAGUUAUUUUUAAAUAUGAAAAUAAAUGAGGACAUUUUAAGUAAGAGUUUAACCCCUCAAUCAAGUUUGCUUUUUGUGCCUUUAUAAGAAAAGGUUUGGGCAUCUCUGCUUUAUAGUCUUUUGCUCCAAAUGUCACAUUGUUAUAUUUUUCAUUGUUUUUUGGGGGUAAAAUAUGACUUUAGCGCGUUUUAGACAGGCCUGGUGAGAUUCACCUGUUUGAUUACAAUGGUGCUAAUUUAAAGUCAUCUUCAAGAUGUGGAUUCUUUCGUUUAGUGCCCGUGUUAAUCUGAAUUAUAAUGUUUGUGUGAAUUUUUGUCUACUUUUAAAGGUGCUCUAGAACAACGCUGCGUCCAAAAUCGCCUACUACUCCAAUAUGUGCUGCAUUUGAAUUUAAAUUUACUACACGACCAUUACAAAAGUACGUUCUAGAUAGUAUGAAUGGAACUCGGACGUACUACAUCUGCCUUUUGUUAUUAUCAUGUGACCUACCUGCAUCAUCCCUUCACUUUCAUUUAUGAAUUCUUUAGCAUGGCCUCAUGAUAGCAUAGCGUCUAUCGGACGCGCACAUCAGAAUCUUACCGGAAGUAGAAUAUCAUCUGGGUAAUUCUCGCAUACUGUUUUUCAAAUACUAUUGCUGUGUCCCUUAUACUACGCCCUAAAAGUACGUGCUUUUGAGUGUGUAACAGAAGAGUAUGCAAGCUUUGGGACAUACUACUUUUUCAUUAACAGAUCAUUUUGUUGCUUUAUGAUGGUGGGCAAAGCAAGGCUUCAUGAAACACUGAAACAGUCGAAGCAAAUGUGUUGAAGCGUCAUGUUUAAGCUUUGUGCUUGUGUUAAAAUGUCAAUUUAAACUUCCACAUUCAUUUCAUAUUGAAUUGCCUACCUUAUUGGAGAAGCAGCAGCAGGAUAAUCUGUCUUUCCUGCAGAGGAAUCUCCUCAGGUCUUUGGAUAUCUGUGCAUUCAAAAGUUAACGUCCAAACACUUGAUACAUUGUUGUUGCAGAUGAAAUAUAACACGCAAAAUUCAAUAUAAAUAUUUUCCAGUUGGCUAGAUAGUAAUUAAGUCAUUCAAGCAACUUUACUGAAGCCCCCUCUACUUGAUGGUUGGUCUCGCAUGUCCGCCAUAUUUGUAGUUUAUUUACACAAGUUUGUAGUUCUAAUCAAUUUCACGUCCAACACACAAUGUACUGUCUGCAAUAUUAGCAGUUCGAGUAUGGACGCUUCUACACUUUUGGUUUUUACUGGAAAUGGCGAACCAUCCAUACUCUUUUCAACACACUACACUUUGGGACAUACUAAUUCUAUUUUCGAAUACUAUUUAGGACAGAUAGUAUGCGAAUUGGGACACAGCAAUAAUGUUUUUUUUCAAAUACUAUGAAUUCGGACAUACUACUCGGCUCACAUACUGAUUUUAGUGUACUAUAUAGUAUGGAUGUAUGCGAUUUUGGACGCAGCCCAAGCGUUAUUCAGUCUGGAGAAGCGUCCGCCAUGUUGAAUGCGCUCUGCCAUAAGCUUGAGCUUCCUCUGUGGUACAGAAGAGUUUUGUACUUUCGCCUCAGCACAACAUCCACCGGUGUCUUCUGUAAGGGAAACAUUUCCGUAGCUUUAACAUAUAUGCAAAUAAUGGUCGUAAUCGGCUUUCUUGUUUCUUUCUUCUUCAUGACCGUGUGUAUAAUUCUGCCGGCUUUGAUGUAUACAGUGAGUCCCUUUUGCUAAUUUAAUGUUAUUUAAAUGUUACAAGCGCGCUUUUAACCAAAUUCUCUGUUGUGGCAGAGUUUCUCUCCAGAUAACUUAAUGAUCCGUACGAUUGAUAGAUUUAUUUGAUGUGUAAAUUUGGGGUUCCAGAGAACAAUAUAUUGCUUUUUUUUUUUCCAUCUUUUUUUUAUUAUUAUUUUUCUAUCCUGUUUAUUUUUUGUCUAUAAUAAUAUUAAUAAUCUAAAGUCGUACUGUACCAGGACUGUGCUCUAUAUUAUUUCUAGUGAUGGAUUUUUUUAAUACAUGUGAACGUUCAGUGUCAAGGUUGGAAUUCUGAUUACCUCAUUAUUGCCAGAUUUCUGUUUGUGAAAAACUUCAACUCUCAGAUUCAAGCAUCUCAUCUCUUGGGCUUCAGUGUAAUCAGUUUGUUCUCAACACGUCCUCCGCUCAGUUUUCUGCGUGUUGGUUUUCCAUACUUGGUUAAAUAUGUGGAUUCUGAAUUGGAAUUAAUGCUUACAUACCCAAUAAAGAUGUUCUUACACCAAA